UUUACUGAGGAACUGGCAUUGGUUUCGUAGAAGCAAUUUUAUAACUCAAAAUACACAUUACUUCUCGUCAAACAGAUAGCUAGUCCCUAGAGCUGGGAUCUUGGAUGGAGUAAGUGUUGAGCCCCAAUGAGAUGACUGACCAGGGCAACAACAACCAGAACAUCUCCCGCAACCCCUUUGCUGCCCUCUUCAGCUCACUGGCUGAUGCCAAACAGUUUGCAUCAGGCCAGAAACCUCAACAGCUUUCUACUCAACCACCACUGGAGGACUCGGGUGAGAGCCAGUCGGAGUCAGAAAACUCGGUUUCAGACAGCGUUGAUGACAAUGACGACUCUGUGGCAGAGAUUAGCCGCUCCUUCCGGUCCCGGCAGGAGCUGUGCGAGCAGCUCAAUGUCAAUCACAUGAUCCAGCGAAUAUUUCUCAUCACUCUGGACAACAGUGACCCUAGUCUGAGAGGAGGUAAUGGGAUCCCUCCUCGGUGUGUUUACCUGGAGGAGAUGGCUGCAGAUCUAGAUGGGCAGGACUGGCUGGACAUGGACAACAUAGAACAGGCCCUUUUUAACCGUCUGCUGCUGCUAGAGCCGGGAAACCAGCUCAUCUAUAUGACGUCAUGCAGUGCUGUUAACCUGUCUGCUGACCGGGAUGCUGGAGAGAAAUGUGCCAUCCCUUACCUUUUUGCUUGUUAUCAGAGGGCUAAGGAAGAGAUCACAAAGGUACCAGAGAAGUUACUUUCGUUUGCUGUUCGCUGUAAGAAUCUGACCGUUUCUAACACACGAACAGUCCUGCUCACACCAGAGAUCUACAUCAGCCAGAAUGUCUACGAACAACUUCUGGACCUGCUGCUGGAAAGCUUCAAUGGAGCACAUCCAGACGAAGUGGUUGAAUUUGUGGAGGAGGUCAUUGCUGGCCUGCUGUCUGAUCAGGAGGUGCGGACUUUUGAGGAGGUUAUAGUACCGGUGUUCGACAUCUUCCAGGGACGUGUCAAGGACUUGGACCUGUGCCAGCCUCUUCUCUACUCCUACCUGGAUGUUCUCCUCUAUUUCAGCCACCAUAAAGAUAUUGCCAAGGUACUCGUUGAACACAUCCAGCCCAAAGACCCAGCUAAUGGUUUGCAGUACCAGAAAAGCCUACUGGGGACAGUAUUCAAUAUAUCCUGCUUGCUGAAAACCCCAGGUGUGGUAGAAGGGCACGGCUACUUCCUUAACCCUUCCCGCUCCAGCGCCCAGGAAACAAAGGUCCAAGAGGCCAACAUCCACCAGUUUAUGGGCCAGUUUCAUGACAAGCUGCACCAAAUCUUGAAAAACUUGCUCCAGCGGUCUGGUGAGACCCGCCACUUGCUGCUCACCUGGUUGGGCAGCUGCCUGCAAGCUAAUGCUGGCCGAGCCAAGAUCUGGGCCAAUCAGAUGCCGGAGAUCUUCUUUCAGAUGUACGCCUCAGAUGCAUUUUUCUUGAACUUGGGUGCAGCUCUGCUGAAGCUGUGCCAGCCCUUCUGCAGGCCACGUUCACCUAAACUGCUCACCUUCAACCCAACCUACUGCGCACUCAAAGAGCUGAGUGAGGAAGAGAGGAGGAAUCGCAAUGUGCAUGCACGAGGUCUUGACAAGGAGACCUGCCUGAUCCCUGUGCCUCCCCAGCAGCCGAUGGAGUCGGCGCAGUCCUACAGCCUUCUGACUGAAAACCUCAUCCUCACACAACUCACCCAGCAUCUAGGCUUUCACAGACUCCAUGAGCAGAUGGUGAAGAUGAGCCAGUCUCUCCACCGGCUCCAGGUGACGUGGCAGGAGGCCCAGCGAACAGGCAGCCCAAUGUCGGAGCAGCUCCUGGAGCAGUUUGAGCGCCUGAUGAUUGUCUAUCUCUCAACCAAAGCUGCCACUACACAACCUGCCAUGCUGCAAUGUUGCCUUAACCUACAAGCUUCCACUGCUGCUCUGCUCGUUCAGCUCAGUAUGGGGAACCAGGGGCCUGAACAUGUAGCACUCAGUUUUCCCCUGCCCUCCCUGCAGAACACGAUGCUCUGCUAUGUACCUGAAUUUUUUGCAGAAAAUUUGGGAGAUUUUUUCAUCUUCCUUCGUCGGUUUGCAGAAGACAUCCUGGAGACGUCUGCAGAAAGUCUAGAGCAGAUUCUAAACUUUAUUACUGUCUUCAUGGGUAACGUAGAGAGGAUGAAGAACCCUCAUUUAAGAGCAAAGCUUGCCGAGGUUUUGGAGGCAGUGAUGCCCCACAUGGAGCCGGUGACCCCUGGUGCUGCUCAGCCAAUCGUGUUCCAGAGAGAAAGAGUUUUCUGCUCCUAUAGACACGCACCCCAGCUGGCUGAGGCCCUCAUUACUGUGUUUGUAGACAUUGAAUUCACAGGUGAUCCUCAUCAGUUUGAACAGAAAUUCAACUACAGAAGGCCUAUGUAUCCAGCUCUUAAAUACAUGUGGGGAAAAGACAACUACAGAGAGAGCAUCAAGCAUUUGGCCAACUAUGCAUCUGAAAACCUGGAGGCCAUGAACCCCCCUCUUUUCCUCAGGUUCCUCAAUUUACUGAUGAAUGAUGCCAUCUUCCUAUUGGAUGAGGCCAUUCAGUACCUGAGUAAAAUCAAGAUUCUGCAGCUGGAGAGGGAUCGAGGGGACUGGGAAGGCCUGGCCCCUGAUGCCAGAAGAGAGAAAGAGUCCAGCCUGCAGAUGUUUGGACAGCUGGGACGCUUCCACAACAUCAUGUCCAAUGAGACCAUCGGCACACUGGCCUUCCUCACCUCAGAAAUUAAGGGUAUCUUUGUGCACCCAUUCCUGGCUGAGAGGAUCAUCUCCAUGCUUAACUACUUCCUGCAGCACCUGGCGGGCCCUAAAAUGGGCGCUCUUAAAGUCAAGGACUUCAGUGAGUUUGACUUCAAACCUCAGCAGCUCGUUUCUGACAUCUGCACAAUCUACCUAAACCUGGGCGAUGAGGAGAAUUUCUGUGCCACUGUCCCAAAGGAUGGGCGAUCGUAUUCUCCUACUCUUUUCUCCCAGACCAUUAGAGUAUUGAAAAAGAUCAACAAGCCUGGGGAUAUGAUUGUAGCUUUUGGACUCCUCGCUGAUAAAAUAAAGUCUCAUGCAGACAGACAGCAGCAGGAAGAGGAGACAUAUGCAGAUGCUCCAGAUGAAUUCUUGGAUCCCAUCAUGUCCACCCUGAUGCUGGACCCUGUUCUUCUCCCCUCUUCCAAUGUAACAGUAGACCGCUCAACUAUAGCAAGACACCUCCUCAGUGACCAGACAGACCCCUUCAACCGCAGUCCUCUGACAAUGGACCAAAUCAGGCCAAAUGAUGAACUCAAACAGCAGAUCUUACAGUGGCUGGAGAAGCAUAAGCAAGAAAAGCUUCAGUUGGGGCCCAGCGGCUAGCCCUGAUCUCACUGUGACAAACAGCGUUGCGCUGUUAUUUUUCUUACCUGGCCGCACUUGCUCCUUUGCUUCAUGGCAGAUCCACAGUGUGCUUAUUUCUUUGGAUUUAUUCUGACUCCUCCAGUCCAGCUGACACUGCAUUAGCCUUUCCCUGCAGCUUCCAUUCUUAAUAAAUCGUCCGUGUGACAACAGUCCUGGCAAACUGUAGCCCACCUGCUGGUAAGAACUUCAAAAUCCAUACACGGUGGCUGUUUUUCCUCCCGUGAGGCUCUAUUGAAAACACUAGCAGAGUGAUACAUCCUUGGGUACUGUGUUAAUGAGUUAAUAUAGUCAGAAAUAUCUGUUCAGCAGCACUUUAAUGUACUGUACAUACUCCUGUCCAACCACCUGGCCCUUUAUACCGGAAGGUAAGUAUUUUUGUCAUAUUAUCUAACUUCACUUUCAUAAAGAGUAUUUCACACACUGCCUUUCAAAGUGCUUUAACACCCCGUAUGUUUGCACUCUUGGGUUCAAUCGCAACUUGUAAAUAGCAUUAAAAGUGAGGCAUAGCUGAGUCUGAAUUUAAUUGUGUGUAUGACUUUUAUUUCAUUGACUAGAACAUAGGGUUACUUGGAGGCUUUCAAAAAAAUAAACUUGAUCAUUGUAAUUAGA